AUGUGGUGGUUCCUCCGAAUCGUCGCCAGUGCCAUCUUCCUGUUGAGCAUAGUCCUCUCCAUACCUGUCGCCUUUGAUGUCGGCGGUAGGGACAGUGGGCUGGCUUACAGUCUCGCCCUCUCCGCCUUCUACUUUGUCUACUCGACCAUCGCCGUCGUCACCCCCGCAAAGUCGCGUGUUCGCUGGGCCAUAUCCGUCAUCCUUCGCCUAUCGCAGUGGGUUGUCAUUCCUGGACUCUUGAUUUGGGCCCUCAGCCGUUUCGCCGUCGACGCUGGAGCUACCAACUGGGUGGAGCGGACAUUGCAAGGCAUCACCACUUCCAAGUCGACGUCAUGGGGCGAGUGGGUGUUUGGCGAGGGUGGUGUUAUUGAGACCAUAACCUUGGGCGGUUGGGAUAAGACGUUGAGGUACUCAAGUCCCGUCUUCCAGCUUCUCGAGGGAUUCUGCACUCUGCUCGUUAUUCAGGCUGCCGGACAGAUCACCAAAUGGCUCGUCAACAGAGGACGAAGCGACACUUGGAUCAUUAUCCUGCUCGUUAUCUCUGGCAGCGUGCUUGCGAGUGCCGUUUACUUCCUCUGGCGUGUCGCCCACUUCCCUUGGAUUGACAACUCGGAUGCCAUCUUGAUCGGUGUCACCAUGACUUCAGCCUUCUUCCUCGGCGCGUAUGGAAUUGGCAGCGGGCGCGGCAACCCUAUCGAGUCGUCCCUGCUUUUCGCAUACGUCGUCCUCUGCGUCUACCAGAUCUUCACCGACUAUCUUCCCUCAGAGUCUACAGAGGCGGAUCAACACCAGUCCUCACAGCCCGACUUCCCACCCUUGCCUCCAAUUAUCAUGGCAUCUUAUUCAACUCUACUUCACAUGCUCGGCUCUCUUCCCCAUGCCGUACACUCGUCUCUCAGUCUUCUUUACGCGGCGUUCCAGACCAUUACGCCCUCUGUCAUCAUUUCACUCGCCUUCCGACUUCUUGUCUUUUACUGCGCUACCCGCAUUAUUCCUGCCGUCCGCGAGUCGGGAGCGAGGGCUCUCAUGGAGGAACCGACUCUGGAAGAAUCAGACGCUGCCAACUGGCUCCUUGGGAUCAUCACCUACUUCUCGCCUUCAAUUCUCAUUGCCAUGUACACGAGCUUGCUUCUGCAACACUUCUCAACAAAUGAUGGACCAGAUGGGUGGACGCUGAGAGGAGGUGACCCCGGCGGCAACGUCUGGCGCUGGACGAACGUAGCAGCGACCAUGACCCUGUACGCAAUUGAGUUGUACUUGGGUAAUGAGGAUCACGAUGGUGGUCUGACAAAUCACUGGAAGAUGGAUUAA